AUGACGUCCAUCUCCAAUGAUAUCGACCCUCUCGUCCUCCAGAACAGGAUCGCCAUUGUCACCGCUCAAAGACGCAAACUGAUAGAAUCACUAUUGCGACCACCAACUGCCGAAGAACUCGGGAAUGCAAAGUCUGCUGAAGCAAUUGCUGCGGAGGAGGAAGAACUCUGGAAACCUCGGCCCGCCACACUAGGCGCUGGCCAUCCAAUACCCGCUUCGACAUCUGCGACGGAAACCUACAACCGCGAAAAUGACCUUCUCAGACGACGUCUCCUCGGCCAGAGUAUCAUGAAAGAUGCGCGACAGCGGCACCAGGAAAGAACAAAGCAACAAGCCCGACCUAGAGGUAUAGCCAAUUCGGGAUCGGGUGGCGAUGAUGAUGAUGAUGAAGAAGAAGAGCAGAUGAGUCGUGGGGCCAUUGCCAAUAGAAGCUCAAAGAAGCGGAAAUUCCGAGCGGGAGAUGGACAUCACGCAGAGGCUGAGAGUGUAAACAUUCAACAUGCCGGGAGCGACUCGGAUGUCAGUAUCGGUGGUGGGUUUGUGUCACUGGCUACGAAGGCUGCUGCACUGGAAAAGGGGAAGUUCAAGAAAGGGCAGAAGGCCCCAAAGCGGGAGGCGGCGUCUAAGGAUUCCUACCAUGAUGAAGAUGGGCCAGACAUAAAAGCUGCCUCAGCUAAGAAUACCGAAGUUUCAUCAGCAGAUUCACUCGCACAACGUAUUCUCACAGGGGAGAAGAUCAUUUUGGUUGGAGAAGACAAAAAGAAGAAGAAGAAACGGAAGAAAAUCAAGAACAAAAAUCACAAUAGCUCUGAGGGCUAG